UGUUUGCUGUGGGGGAACAGAGUGAUUGUACCGCAACGCUGGCGCGAAAAAGUGCUGAAAUCACUACACGAGGGCCAUCCCGGCAUGGUGCAUAUGAAGGCUCUGGCCCGGGGAUAUGUAUGGUGGCCUGGGAUGGAUGCUGACAUUGAAGAGUGGGUACGGGGGUGUACGCCAUGCCAGCAGGCGAGACCCGAACCGCCAACCGCCUUCCCACAGAAAUGGGAAUCGGCGGGAAAGCCUUGGUCGAGGCUGCACAUAGAUUUGGCGGGCCCAGUACAGGGUCAAAUGUUUUUGAUUGUGGUGGACUCUUUUUCGAAAUGGUUGGAAGUGGCGCCAAUGUCUACCACCACUUCCACUGCUGUUAUAAAUGUGUUGCGCCGCUUAAUUGCCACGCAUGGGUUGCCUGAUGUCCUGGUAAGCGAUAACGGCGCUCAGUUCGUGUCGCAAGAGUUUGCUCAAUUCCUGGCUAACAAUGGCAUCAGGCAAAUUACGUCUGCCCCGUUCCACCCAGCAUCGAACGGGCAGGCAGAGCGAAUGGUCCGCACGACCAAGGAUGCGCUUGCC